AUGACACUAUCUCCGAAUGGCAACACUGUUGCACUGGUAGGCGGUGAUAGUAGUCCCGAUGAGAAAAGGAAAGUCGGGUUGUGGGAUGUUGAGCUGGGGAAGAACAUUGUCGAAUGGGGAGGGCCCAUUGGUAAUGUAUGGUCGGUGUGCUGGAGUUCCGAUGGUGAGCGAGUGGUGAGUGGAUCCCAUGAUGGGACGGCAAGAGUAUGGGAUGUCAAGAGCGGUGAACCCGUCCAGGGUCUGAAUCCAAUCAGGACGGGACAAGGGCGGGUGUGUGUCGUGAGCUACUCACCCAACGCAACAAAAACAGCGACGAGUGGAGAAGGCAAAAGUGGGAUCAAAAUCUGGGAUGCAAAGAGAAGGCUAGGCCAGAGGCUUUACACAAUUGGGCAGGGUUAUACAGUUUGGAGCUUGGCCUGGACGUCGGAUGAAAAGAAGCUUAUCGCCGGAUCCAAUGGCUCGAUUAGGAUAUUCAACACUGCCACAUGGCAGCAGAUCGGCGUUUUGGAGGGUCAUAAACAUGUUGUUUAUGCCGUCACUUUAUCUCGCAAUGACCGCCUGCUUGCGAGUACAUCAUGGGAUCACACGGCGCGUCUGUGGGAUCUAGACACUAACCUUCAAGUCGGUCCACCCCUCGAGCACCCAGAUGAAGUGGACUGUGCGGCCUUUUCCGUUGAUGGCAAGCUGCUAAUCACAGGUUGUGCUGAUACAAACGCGUAUAUGUGGGACAUCAACACCAUCCUAUCCAUUGAUGCACGAAACGUCGAACUCAAACAGGUGUAUGAGUCAUCUCACGGCUCUCCAAGCAUAGAGCACAUUCCCCCCUCAUUUUUGGAGGCUGAUGCUACGCAAGGUUUUGACCAGCUCGGAGGAGCAGACGAACUCUCCCCAGGAUUUUUCGAUAACCUCUCCGUGACACCUGGUACCCGGCCCAAAUUUUCUGCACUCCUUGGUCACUUUUCCUCGCUCCUUCGCCGCCCUCAACCGAAUGAAGCGAUCGAAACUCAGCAACCUCCAGUGUCUUCGGAACCACUUUCGCAAGCACUCCUCAAUCGCCUGUCCUCUUUCCUUCGCUCUCCUCCAAACACUGAUGAAGUACCUGAAUUUCCGCAACCCCCAAUGCUUUCGCGAUUACGUCCACAGGUACUCCUCGGUCACCUGUCCUCACUCUUGCCCCGCUCUCGAAUCCACACCGACGAAGUAAUCGGGCCUCAACAACGCCCAACGCCCUCGGGCUCACGUCCAGGUGCACUCAUCAGUAGCUUGUCCUCACUCUUCCGCUCUCCACUCAACGCCGAUGAAGAAGUCGAACUCCAGCAAUGGCCAAGGCAAAUCACCUCCUCUCAUUGCAAUCCUCAUGUUGUCGAGGUCGCUGCACAACGAGAUAAGAAGGCAUUGUAUGUUGCUCGCCGACCGAAAACAGCUAGUGAAAAUGCAAAACGCAUCAAGAAUCCCAAACCGUGGGUUCGUGUAGUCUUGUUUCUUUGUUGUGUCUCUCCUGGUACCGAUGACAGCCCUGGUACUGACGGGACUCCUCGCACGACAUAGAUAACUGUGAUUGAUCAUUACAUAUUCUGUUCUAAUUCAUGCAUUGUCGACUCUGGAGAGUGAUAUUAUAAUUUA